AUGUCUGCCAGUAGCUGGGGUUUUUCUUGGAUUUUAGCACUGACAUUCCUCAUUUCUGCUUCUUUACCUUUCACCUAUGCUGCGCCAGUCUCCGACCCCGUACUGCUACCCGGAUCUGUCGACAAUGCUCCGGUCCGGCUGCGAGUUGCAUUCGACGAGGGCCUACAAGAAACGAAGUUUCUCGGCAAGCGGAAAUCUCCAGGUCUAAGUCCGGGACUAACUGGGACCGCAUGGUUCGAGCGCACGCGGAGUAAUGGCGAUAGACUUUAUGCGUUUGGUCCAGAUACUGGAGAUAAAAAACCUGGUAUACAAUUGGGAUCAGUCUCGGUGUCGAAUAAAAAACUUGCUGAUGGUGGUUUUGGGACAAUAUCAAAUGCCAUCUUGUUUGAAGUCAAGGAAGAAGAAAUCUGUGGUAGCACAGAGACUGCAAAAAAAACCGAGAAGACUAAAGGUCUUAUCGCAAAGUGGGGGGAGGGAGACGACGGAGUUCAUGGCGGAAAAAUACAAAACCUUCUCAGAGAAUGUGCUUACGUUCCGCAAGUACACAAAACUCUUUGGAUACCACCUGAUAAGACAUACCCAGAGGGCCAGUCACUCGUCAUUAUGGAGUCGAUGGCUAGUGAUACCUGGGAUCUGGUGAAUAGCUACCCCCAAGCGAGAAGGGAAAAGCAACCGUGGGCCGGCCACUUCAAUCGCCUCUUCAUGAUGGAGGAUUUAGUGACAGGUUUGGCAUAUGCUCACUCACUACAAAUCAUUCACAUGGAUGUUAAGUUGGAAAAUCUGAUGCUACGGCAUAACAAACCGGGCGAAAAGUAUUAUCAUUUCGCCAUCAUUGACUGGGAUAUGGCGAUGAUCCUUACGAAGGAGCAAGUGGGUCAGGCUCUGAAAGGCACUCCACCUUAUAUGGCUCCAGAGGUGGUUAAGAGGGAGUAUGAAGAUUGGCCCAAAGGACCAGAUGUUUACGCGGCUGGAAUAUGCCUUCUAUUCGCCAUUGUACCGGAUCUGUUAAAGCCUGAGUACCAGCCCCGCGUGGAAGCCAUUCAUGAUAAAUACAGAAGCCCAGAAGAGGUCGAAGAAUAUGUGAAAAAGGUAUUAGGAGUGCGCACAAAACUUUUUCCGGAAACUUUCAGUCUCUUGGGCCAAGUUCUCUGUGCACCGUGGCUUCGCUUGUCAAUGGCGGAUUUUGAGGCGAAGCUCCGUAAAUACCCGGUCGAUUACCCUUAUCUAGAGAGCGAUCUUCCAUUGAUUAGUCUCGAAGAGACUCCCAAGAAGCCCGAAUAA